GUGACUUUGAAGUUUGAAUCGUAAGCUGAGAUUAGAUUUAAUUUAAAUCACUAAUUUAAUGAUUUUUGGCGCGAAAUUCGACUUAAAGUAAUCUUAGGUAAAGGAUUUUCUUUAUCCUGUCUAUAUUAGAAAGUAUAUUUUACAUUUAAUAAGGCAAAAUUUAUCGACUUUUGUGCUUUCAUUCGGAAAGCCGCAUGUUUUUCCCAUUUGCGUAAUAAAGCAGAGUUCAUUACAAAAUUUCAAUUCUCUUACAACCAGAUAAAUGAAAAACUAUACUUUCUGAAAGUUUAAAUGUUUAAGAUAUAAAAUGUAAUGGUUAUUUUUUCAAUAAAAAAAGAACUCUGGAAUAUUCUUAAAGCAGUCCAUGAAAAGUACUCAGCAGACUUUCGCCAUGUCAGAUUGGUUUAAAGACUAUAUUUUUUUAUUUUUACUUCUUUACCUUCAUUGAGCUGACUUACCUAAGUCACUUCACUCUGUACGCGGCAAUCACAAUGAGUCUAUCUGAAAGUUGACCGUGCAGUAUUUUCUUUAAAUAAACGUAAACAAGUUCUAGUUUCGGACAGAUCUUUCUAGUUUUUUUCGAAACAAAACAGUCCUAUCAGUGCGAUAAGUGUAUAUACAAGUGCUUUGAAGACUUGGAAAAUUAAUAAGGUAAAAAGGUUAAAAUAAAAAACAAGUCUAAAACUUGAAAAAAUCUCUAUUAUUUACUAAUCAAAUUUUAGUAUAUUAUAUAUUUUAUAUUUUCUCCUUAUUAAUUAUUUCAUAGAAUAUGUCUACACCAAUGAGCAGAUGCAGGGGUCGUGGCUACUCUGAUGUUGUAUCAACCGCCACAAUUGCCUAUGACAAGGUUCCCUUUGAGAAAGCACCCACUAUAACCACCUCUGUUGAUUUGAAUGCACCAACUAUUUCAAAAAAUAAUUUACCCAAAAUCAAGCUUGUACAAUCAGUAGUUGAUGAUUAUGAAGAAAACCGUAAGCAUCCCGUCGCUACGGUUUAUGAGCUCUAUGCUAAGAAUCGUUUACGCGACGAAGUCGAAUUUGUUGAAUGCCAUCCCGGAAGUGGCUCAUCUCUUUACAAGUGCUGGUAUCAGUGCAUUAUUUCGGGGGUGAAAUUUUUACCAGCCAGUGGCAAUAGUCAAAAGGAAGCUAAAGAACGAGCCGGUCGAGUUGUAUUAGAUCAUCUCCUUGGUAAACAAUAUGGACUGGUCAAUGAAGACAGCAACGAACCAAAAGAACAAACAGUAUCCCAUACAGAUUUAGUGAAAGUAUCCUUGGAAAAGCUAGAGGAUCUCGCUAACAAGAAUGCCGCAUUUGCAGCAGAAAUACUUCGACAGGACUGCGCUGUCUUUGUCAGGAGUCGCCGGAAUAACAAUUUAUACGAUUUAGAGGUUGUCUCAGUUGGAUGUGGUUCAGUUAAUAAAAUGUCCACAUUUUGUGAAGGAGCUUGUAUUCGUGAUUGCAAGGCACUCUCCUUGGCUAGAAGAGGUCUCAUUCGCUAUUUUCAAAAUGAAAUAAGGUGGUAUUGCCAUAAUACCAGCGACAGUGUAUUAGAAUUAGUGGAAAAUGAGCAACCAAUUUUUCAAGUUGAAGAAAAGUAUAGAUUUCAUCUUGUUCUAUUUCAACCUCCCGAAAUAGAAAACUAUCAACAAUACGAGGAGAUGCUACACAGCGAAAAAAGUGAAGACUUAAAAUUUGACUCUUAUGAUCAUCCUACAGAUAAUGAUUUAUUCUCAAAAAAUAUACGAUUCACUCAUAAUAUUUAUGAAAAUGAAAAGCUUGAUCAUUCUGCUAAUAAGCUUUUCAAAUGGAACCACGUUGGUCUGUUAGGAUCAAAAUUAAGCGGCACAAUAAAACCUGUGUUUUUGGAUAGCAUAACUGCUCAAACGUCGCCACAGCUUAUGGCCUACGUGGCAUGCUGUCGUUCUAAAAUUCCUGUUCAUCAUCCACGAAUUGGAGAAGAUGACUUGAUUUACACAUUUGUGCGUUAUCCAAAGCAGCUAAAAACUAGUAUUUCUUGGUCAGUGGGUUUCAAAAUUUCUGACGAAGUUGAAGCUGUUGCAUCUGAGAAUGGUCAAAACUACUGUUAUCGGAACGAAGUCAGCUACUUGUCAAAUUUUGCUUUUCAAAGAAGACAAGAAAAAAUGAUUGAGAACGCUAAGGAACAUAAUCUACCUGAUGUUUAUCACCUAUUGAUUCAUCCCAACAAGAUUCAAAAGAGGGAAUAUGAAGCCUCAGUAAACAGAUAUAAAAAAGCUGUUUCCUUAUUGUAA